AGGUAUGUCCAGUGAUCUCUAAUUUUCCCUCCUAAAUUCCACUUUUCUUUUCACAUGUGCAGACUAAUUAAUAUUAAACUCUGCUCUUUUCUGCCAUUUUUCUUCUUCUUUUUCAUCACUCCAUUAUCUGUAGUUUUUUCUUUUUGCUGCUCUCUCUCACUGGCAUUAAGUUCAAACUUGACACUGAUGUUGACUCGCUGUGUCACUCUUCUCCUCUCUCUCUCUCUCUCUCUCUCUCUCUCUCUCUCUAGAAUUGCCUGCAGAUGCAUUUCUAUUUCUCUGUCAUUCCACACACACAGUUCAUUGUUAACAAAGCAAAUUGUCAGGAAACCCUCAAUACCAUUUCAAAAAGAGCGAUAUAAUUGCUGGGCUGUCGUGGAUGUGCUGCUCAUAAUGUAACGCUUGGCUGUAGUGGUCAGGUCCAUGAUGUUUGAGAGGUUGACCAUGCUGAAUAUCCAGAGCACCUCAAACUGGAGUGGAGCGAAUGACUGGUACCAUCAGCAGAACACAGGUCCCAGUCAGCACAGCACUGGUGGUUGCCUGGUGGAGCCGGAUGGGAGGAUGGCAGAAGAAGGAGGGCAUGUGGAAAGAGAUGAGGGAGAACUGAGGCUGCAGCUGAAGAGGAAACUUCAGCGCAACAGAACCAGCUUCACAACAGAGCAGAUCGAGGCCUUGGAGAAGGAGUUUGAGAGAACACAUUAUCCAGAUGUUUUCGCACGGGAGCGACUCGCAAACAAAAUCGAGCUUCCAGAGGCAAGGAUACAAGUGUGGUUUUCCAAUCGAAGAGCCAAAUGGAGGCGCGAGGAGAAGCUUCGAAACCAGAGGCGGUCUGGAGGCGGGACUUCCUGUUCUCAAACACACGCUCCACUGAGCACAUCCUUUAACUCCGCUGUCUAUCAUCAUCCACAUGGCAACAGCGCAGCAUCCAUGCUCAGUCAGAGUGACACGGCUCUCCCCGGUUACAACACUUUGUCAGUCUACUCUGGGCUUCAGUCGGCUCCUUCUCCAUCUGGCUCCUCAUACUCAUGCAUGCUGCCUCCAUCCCCAUCUGCCCCUCGCUCGUUUGAGACGUCAUACUCAUCUCUCCAUCUGCCACCUCCUCCUUCAGCUAACACCAGCACAGGCUUGAUUUCUCCAGGCGUUUCUGUACCUGUCCAGGUAUCUGGAAAUGAUCAAAAUAUGGGGCAGUAUUGGGCCAGACUGCAGUAAAGAGAAAAGGCGAGGAAGAAUUAGAAUACUAAAUGUGUAUGUUUACAAAAGGUCAAUUUUUUUUUAAAAUUCCUUAAUUUUACAUGCACAUUUAUUUUAGUCAUAUUUUUAGAUUCAAUGACAGUGUGCUAUGUUUGCUUCCAUUCAAUUUCAGACAAACAGGAAUGUAAAUGAUUUAUAUGAUGAAGCAUUGUGCAAUGACAUUCGUACUGUUUUUAUGCAAAUGUCUCGUCAGAAUCAUUGCCGUAAAUUCAUGGUGGCAACUCCACACUUUGAUGUUUUAAUAACAUACCUGUGGUUUCAACUUCUUUAAUGACAGUUCCUCAUUUCUCCACUGUAAUUGUCCCUUUAAAGUCAUUUAUUUGUUGUGAUCAUUUUCAUAAUCAGAUAUGUGAUGUAUCACUUUUCAUUAAAUGUUUUUGACCUUACCCUUUCACAAACCUAAGUAAGCUUGUGACAAUCAAGGCAAAUGCCAAGUUAAGUCAGAGCAGGGACUGAAAGCUUUAAUCAAUGACCAGUAAACUUCUUUUUGUUUUAAAAAGCAGAAAGCAGUGACAAUCACAUCAAUGAAUACUGCAUGCAAAA